AUGAGGCUCCAACAUGUUGAAUCUGAUGAAGACUUAAUCGACUUAAAGUCUUUUUCUGAAUGGAUAGCAAGCAUAGGGGAUGGAACAAUUGGUGGUCUGAACGACAGUAAUGUGGUUAUUGAUAUAUCGGAUGACCUGUUGUCGAAUGCAUCAGAUGAUCCUAUUGCGUCAAUCGUGAACAACAUGUAUCCGAACUUUACUUCUAAUGUCAAUGAAAAUGAAUAUCUUCAAGGUAGAGCCAUACUAGCACUGACUCUUGAUGUUGUGGAGACUGUCAAUGAGUGCUCUGGGGUGUCGAACCAUGAAUUGAAGCUAAAGGUUGGCACUCUGGUUAUGUUGUUGAGAAACAUAGAUCAUUCUGUGGGGUUAUGCAAUGGCACUAGGUUGGUUAUCACAAGAACUGGAAACCACAUUCUUGAGGCAAAAAUUCUGACAGGCAGCAAUGCUGGACAUAAGAUUCUUAUUCCAAGGAUGACAUUGACCCCCAUCUGA